CCGCCGCGGUGUCUGAUCCGCAAAGGUGAGCAACAGUCUUGCUUGGGAAGCGAAGCGCAGGCCACCCAGGACCGUGUGCUCCAGGAACUCGACUUGAGGUGCAGUGUGCUUCCACCAAGACAGGAUACCCGAACGCUAGCGAUUCACUUUAUAGCUGGAAUUGUACUGCAACAGGACAAGGCAGCGAUGAUCUCAAUUGAUUCGGGGCUGAGGUCGAAAUGCUGCAACCUAAUUAACAGUCGUCCGCGAGCGGGCCAGCGAUCACGUAGGCGGAGAGCAACACAGCCACUAAGAGCUGAGCGCCGAUCGGCAUCCCACCUUGGGCCCAUGCGUUCCAUUGGUGGCCUGUUUUGCUGUCAAUUUCAUGGAUUGCCGCCUACAACCUCGAAGCAGCUGGAAACGCUUUCUCGGUAUCGCAGCGUUUGCGCUGCAAAGUCGCACUCUUCAACUCAUCUGUGGCUAAACAUAAAAAAGUAG